ACCGCCCAACGCGCGGCUGACUGUCAAAUUCUUCGAUUUGAAGACGCAGAGCGCCCAGGCCCACGUCCAGAAGAAAAUGCGGGCGGUGGCGGAAGAGCUUCGGCGCAACGGGCAAGACGUCCUCGGGGCCCUCCUCUUCUCUUGCAACGGUCGAGGCCCCCGCCGCUUUCUGGAUGCGAGGAGCACGCACGUGGAUGCCUCCGCGUUCACGGCGGAAUUCCCAGGAAGGCAAGUGGGGGGGAUGUACGCAAUGGGUGAGAUUGGCCCGCAAGCUACAUACGUGGAUGAGGAGGAGGAGGACGACGAAAUAGCGGGAACAGAUGCUGGUAUGGUUGUUAAAAAUGGAAAGGGUUUGGGGGCGGGGGGCUCGCAGAUUCUACGCAAUAGUCAGUCUGGGUCAUGCGCGCUGCAGGGCUUUACGGCCGUUUUUGCCUUGUUGGUCGCGCCAAGGAGGUCGUCUCAGUCGUCGCAUUUGCUCGACAUUCUCAACAAAGAUGGUCUGAGUGCCGCAAUACGCCUUGUGCUGGGUCCUGGUGCCAAAUGAGGGCUGCCAAGGGUUGGUGUUUAGGAUUAAGCUUGUCAAUGCGACCACGAGUUGGAUGUUACGUUUUGUUUGUAUUGACAGACUAGAACGCGCAAGAUGGAGGGUCAGAGUACGGGAGUUGUAGAUUGCUUGUGCACAUGCCGAGGGGUGACUCAGGAAAUUAAGAGGGAAGUGGUUUCCUUUAUCCUAGAAAUUAGUUGAAAGACACGGAAUAUGUGAAAGAAAGAGAUUUCUUUAGGAUUGUACCCUCGAAUCCUUUCCAGGGAAAUGGUGUGGAGGAGUCAUGUGUGGAG